AUGUCCGAGAAGCUUCCUCUGCUGCAGGAAGAGCCUCGGCCGUUACCUGUACGGCGACGCUGCCGUCGGUGGACAGGCAUCGCCGUGGUUGCAAGCGCGGCAACGGCCUUUACCCUCUUGACGAAUGGACUCCCCAAAUUUCCCUCAUUGAACAGCGACUCCUCGAACCUCUGUCUCUCCCCAGCAUGCGUCCAUGCCGCGUCCGAAAUCCUGUACAACCUUGCCCCCAAUCACGAGGACCUCGACCCCUGCACCGACUUCGAGCAGAUUGUUUGUGGUGGAUGGCGUGACCGUCAUGAUCUUCGACCCGAUCAAGGAAGCGCUUUCACCGGCACCAUCAUGGCCGAAAACUCCGAGCUGCUGCUUCGGAAUAUCCUGGAGGCUGAUUACCCCGAAGAAUCCAUCCAUUCGUUCUUUUCUCCGGCCCGACUGGCCUCGGCCGACCAAGAGGAGGACAAGGAAAAUUUCAAGAAGAUAAAGGCUGCGUAUGAUGCUUGUCUUGACGAGGACGGCAUCAAGAAGCUCGGAGAUGGUCCCUUGAAUCACGUCCUAGACGAGAUUAAGGGGAUCUUUUCCUCUGACAAGUCCGAUUAUAUUAAAGAUGCCGUCCUAUUCCUGGCGAAGCAGGGAAUUGCUGCCCUCGUUGACUCGGGUACUGGUGCCGACGACAGGGACCCAGACAGCGUCGUCAUCACGGUCUCGGCGCCUUGGAGAAUCGGCUUACCUUCCAAGGAGAGGUAUGAAGAUGACAACCUGGUUGAGAAAUACCGAAAUGUCACAGUCUCUGUCCUGAGUGCCUUGUCCCCGGAUACCAAUAAGGACGUCCUUUCGCAAGUCGUCGACUUCGAAAAGAAGCUCGCUGCCGCGUCUCCGCCAACUGAAGAUCGUUUGAAUGUUACAAAGUAUUAUAACCCGAUGGAUAUCGCCGAUGCUGCAGCUCUCACCCCGGAGAUCGAGCUUCAGGCGCUCCUUUCAGAGCUCUCCCCCAAGGACUUUACCAUCGACAGAAUCAUUGUCGCGUCACCAAAAUACCUCGAGGCCCUCUCGGGUAUUCUUAAAGAGACGAACAAGGAUGUCGUCGAGGCCUAUUUCAAGUGGAAGACCGUUCAGUCGUUGACCUCCUUUAUCGAGUCCGACUCUGUGAAGCCCUACAAACGGUUCCGCAACGAGCUUUCGGGAAAGGAUCCCGAUUCCGCCCCGGAUAGGUGGCGAACUUGUGUCCGACACAUUGAUGGUGGUCUUGGCUGGAUCCUCAGCCGUUUCUUCAUCGAAAAGGCUUUCUCGGCCAAAGCUAAGGAGUUCGGCGACACCAUUAUCAAGGAUAUCAAAUCCGAGUUCAUUAACAAGUUGAACGCCAUCGACUGGAUGGAUGACGAGACCACGAAAAAGGCCAUCAACAAGGUCAACAACAUCAUUCAGAAGAUUGGUUAUCCUACGAAGAGUCCGGACAUCCUCGACCCUGGAAAGCUCCAGGACUACUACAAGUCCGUGGAUGUGUCGUCCUCGGCUUACUUCGAUAAUGCCAUUUCCAUGAGCAAAUUCGAGGUCGAACACGCUUGGUCUGCUCUGGGCAAGCCCGUGGACAGGGAUGAGUGGGGCAUGACUAGUUCCACGGUGAAUGCCUACUACAAUCCUCCCGGGAACGAAAUCGUGUUCCCUGCAGGCAUCAUGCAGUUCCCCGUGUUCGACGUCAGAGUCCCAGCUUACCUAUCUUACGGGGCCUUUGGUGCCGUCGCCGGCCAUGAACUGAGCCACGCCUUUGACUCGACGGGCAGGCAUUACGAUCAGAACGGCAACUACAGCGACUGGUGGUCGGAAAGCACUGUCGAGGCAUUCGAGGAGAGGGCCCAAUGUUUCGUCGACCAGUACGCCAAGUAUACCGUUCCCGGUCUUGACGGCAAGCCUCUCCACGUCAAUGGGCGCCUUACUCUCGGCGAGAACAUUGCCGAUGCGGGCGGACUUUCCGCCGCCUUCCAGGCCUGGAAGCACCGUACCAAGGAUGAAGGGGAUCAGGAUCUCCCGGGCCUAUCCUUCUUUUCGCAUGAGCAGCUUUUCUUUGUAAACUACGCCAACUGGUGGUGUGGGAAGAUUAGGACCGAUGAGGCCGUCGAUCGCAUCUACACUGACCCUCACUCUCCGAAGUGGGCGAGGGUUUUGGGAACGAUGGCCAACAGCCAGGAAUUCAAGGAGAGCUUCCAGUGCAAGGAUAGAAAGCCAACUUGUGAGCUAUGGUAA